AUGAUGGACCCGUCAAAACUGGAGCGAGACCAGGGGAGCCCCGAGAAAUCCCACCAAAAACCAUCAAUGGGAGCAGGAAAGACCAUUCCACCCUCGUUACCGAAUUCAAACCAGUAUGUCGUUGAUUUCGACGGUCCUGACGAUCCGAUCCAUCCUCUCAACUGGGCAUUGGGCAUCAAACUCUACAACUCAACAAUCGCCUGUCUCGGCACCCUUGUCGUCUCGUUCACCAGUGCAGUAUUUGCCCCCGGCACCACCGGCGCAAGCAAAGCCUUCGACGUCGGCCGCGAAGUCGGCACCCUUGGUACAGCCCUAUACGUUCUCGGAUUCGCCUUUGGCCCCUUGAUAUGGGCGCCAGCUUCCGAGUUGAUAGGACGGCGUUGGCCGCUCACGAUAGGCAUACUUGGAGACGCCAUUUUUACCAUCGCCUCGGCUGCUAGCAAGGAUAUUCAGACACUGAUCAUCUGUCGGUUUUUUGCGGGAGUCUUCGGCGCAAGCCAGCUCUCCGUUGUACCCGGCGUUCUGGCAGAUCUCUAUGACGAUACACGUCGCGGCAUUGCCAUCUCGCUGUACGCACUGACAGUGUUUGUCGGUCCGUUCAGUGCACCCUUCAUCGGCGGAUUCAUCGCAAGCAGCUCGCUCGGGUGGAGAUGGACGCUAUACAUCCCAGCAAUUAUGGGUUUCGCAAGCGGGAUAUCUCUCCUCUUCACUCUGAAAGAAACAUACGCGCCGGUGCUACUGGUCUCAAAGGCUGCGAGGAUCCGCCGUGAGACCGGAAACUGGGCAAUUCACGCGCAGCACGAGGAGAUAGAAGUGGACUUUGGCGAGAUAGUGAUGAAAUACUUUACGCGCCCGCUGCGUAUGCUCGUCACGGAGCCAAUCCUUUUGCUCAUCACGAUGUAUAUGUCGUUCAUCUAUGGCAUCGUCUACGGCUUGCUCGGGGCGUACCCCUUCGUCUUCGAAACGAUUUACGGGAUGACUCCCGGGGUAGCUGGCCUUGCCUUUAUAGGACUCAUUCUGGGUCAACUACUGGCCUGCGGAUUCAUUGUGGCCCAUGCGAUACAUGUGAGGAGAUCGGCGGCGGAUGGAAAGGGCCCUGCUCCGGAAUGGCGCCUGUUUCCCCCAACUAUCGGUGCACCAACCUUCACCAUCGGAAUCUUCUGGUUCGGCUGGACCGGCUUCACAUCCUCAAUCCACUGGAUGUCUCCCAUAGCCGCAAGCGUCUUAAUCGGCUUCGGAAUCCUAUGCAUCUUCCUCCCAUGCUUCAACUACCUUAUUGACGCCUACCUCCCUCUAGCAGCAUCCGCCGUCGCAGCAAACAUCAUCCUCCGCUCCGCAGUAGCAGCCGCAUUCCCGCUCUUCUCCAAACAAAUGUUUGCGAAUCUCGGUGUUCAAUGGGCGGCUACGUUGCUGGGGUGUUUGGCUGCGGUUAUGAUUCCGAUUCCCUUUGCGUUUCGGAGGUUUGGAGGGCGGUUGAGAGGGAGGAGUCGGUUGGCAACGUGA